AAAAGGGCUUUGUGAACGCAAAACAGGCAGUGGCCAUUUGAGUAGUAAAAGCAAAGAAACCAAACGGCAACAUCUUAGAAAUUAGAAGCAAGCCGUCACCAACCUCCUCAACUCUGUCCUAUUUUAGUCAUUCCCUUCCCUUCCCUUCCCAGAGACGCCGUCGUUUCAACGCCGGUGCCUUUGGUUUCCUUGCCUCCUAACGAUGAAGCGACCCCUCAGCUUCUCCCUUCCGGUAACCGUCGUCGUUUUAGCCAUACUUUACAUUUACUUGUCCACGAUCUUUGUUUUUAUAGACCGUUGGUUCGGUCUCAUGUCUUCCCCAGGCAUCAUGAACGCCGUCGUUUUCACAGCUCUUGCUCUCAUGUCUGUUUUUAACUAUGCCAUCGCUAUCUUGACGGAUCCGGGACGGGUCCCUCCCUCUUUCAUGCCCGAUGUCGAAGACUCUGAUAACCCAGUCCACGAGAUCAAACGCAAAGGAGGAGACUUGAGAUUUUGCCAGAAGUGUUCUCACUUCAAGCCUCCACGUGCUCAUCAUUGCCGUGUUUGCAGAAGAUGCGUGUUGCGAAUGGAUCAUCAUUGCAUUUGGAUAAGUAAUUGUGUGGGCCACGCAAACUAUAAGGUCUUCUUCGUCUUCGUUGUGUAUGCUGUAAUAGCAUGCAUCUACUCCCUGGUCUUGCUUGUUGGUAGUCUAACUGUUGACCCUCAAAAGGAUGAGCUGCAAAGUGGUGACUCUUUCAGAACCAUAUAUGUCAUUUCUGGGCUGUUGCUAGUUCCGUUAAGUGCGGCACUUGGUGUUCUUUUGGGUUGGCAUGUGUACCUAAUUUUGCAAAACAAAACCACUAUCGAGUACCAUGAAGGGGUGAGAGCUAUGUGGCUAGCAGAGAAAGGAGGGCAUGUCUAUAAGCACCCGUAUGAUGUGGGCGCUUAUGAAAAUCUGACAACGGUCUUGGGUCCAAGUAUCUUCUGCUGGGUGUGCCCAACAUCAGGACAUAUUGGUUCAGGUCUCCGCUUCCGUACAGCCUAUGAUAGUAUGACCGGUGCAUCCGUGAGAUAAUCAAGUUACAUUUCGUGUCAGUGUAACUCCAUUGGCAAUUGCAGGGCUGGAUGAUUGUUGAUAUUGAGAUGCUGUCGUUCAGCCCCCAUUUAUCUGCCCCAACUUGUAGACGUUUUAUUUAGCGUGGCCCUUGAAAUACCACCGAGCAACCAUAGAACCAAGAGUCUAAGAAAGGCCGUUGUCUGCUAUUUGAGGAAGGCAAUGUGAUGUGAGUGGCCGGAUCAAGAACGAAUCAGUUUGGGAAGCAAUUUGGUAUAGCAAAGUGCAGUUCCGUGUCUUUUUUUUGUCCUGUUUUUCGGGGAAUUUCAGGAUAAUGUAGAGCUCACAGACGAUAAAUACAUUAUGUAUAAACAAGGAUUUCGAAUCCUUGAUCUCACCUACAUGAACGCUUAUAACUUAGAAUUGUAAGAUUUGUAACAUCAAACAAUAAAUUAAUGAAGCAAUUUUGUUUUUUCGCCUUCA